UCUUUAAGCUCUGUGAGCAUGAUGUCAUGAUGAGUUUUGAAGGCACUUUUGAGACAGAGAGAGAGAGGGUGUAAGAGCUGUUUCAGGUUUGAGGCUUUUGAAAGUUGUCAAAGAAACAAACUAUUUCUCUGCUGCCACUCUGGGACACUGUGGGAUGUGGAAAAAAACAGAGUGAAAGAGACAUUCAGAUUCUCAUCUGUUUCUUGCUUGGUGCUGAAAGAGCUGAAUGUGAUCUGCAAUAACUGCCCAAGAAUAAAGAACUGCUUUGAAAUAACAAUACCAAUAAUAUGGGCAGCCUUCAGUUGGAUGAUUUUGUAGCUGGAUGGGUAGGAGGAGCUGCAGCUGUAAUUGUGGGACAUCCUCUGGAUACAGUAAAGACUCGUUUACAAGCUGGUCAAGGCUAUGGCACCACUUUUAACUGUGUACUCACUGUAUACAAAAAUGAAUCGGUUGCUGGAUUCUUCAAGGGAAUGUCUUUCCCACUAGUUAGCAUUGCUGUCUACAAUUCAGUGGUAUUUGGUGUCUUCAGCAAUACCCAAAGGCUCAUUAAUCAACAUCGUUAUGCAAAUCCUAAUCAUCCACCAGCGCUCAUAGACUUGGCUUUAGCAAGCAUGGCAGCAGGAGCUUUUUCAGUAGGAAUUGGUGGUCCAGUUGACCUGGUAAAGAUAAGACUACAGAUGCAGACGCAAACAUUUCUUGCAGCCAACCUAGACUUGAAGCACAGGACAACUGGAUUUUCAGUACAGACUGCCUACAGAGGUCCAGUUCACUGUGUUGGUGCAAUCCUCCGACAGGAGGGUUUAACAGGACUAUAUCGAGGUUCAUCUGCAAUGAUUCUCCGUGAUGUUCCUGGAUAUUGCCUCUACUUCAUCCCUUACACAUUUCUUUGUGGAUGGAUCACUCCAGAGGGAUGUCUUUCUCCUAGUCCCUUUUCUGUAUGGAUGGCUGGGGGCAUUGCAGGGGCAAUAUCUUGGGGAACUGCUACUCCUAUGGAUGUUGUGAAGAGUCGUCUUCAAGCAGAUGGGGUUUAUUUAAGCAAAUACAGAGGAGUCGUUGACUGUAUCUCCCAAAGCUAUCACAAUGAGGGUCUAAAAGUCUUUUUUAGGGGAUUUACAGUUAACGCAAUACGUGGAUUCCCAAUGAGUGCUGCUAUGUUUCUUGGAUAUGAACUUUCACUUAGAGCCCUCAGAGAGCAAGCAGAGGCAAACCCUUGAAUUCCAGGAAUCAUCUGCGCCUCACCAUUGCUACUUCCUGAGCCAAAUCAAUAGCACAUAAUCAAAGCUGGAUGUGGAAAAUAAUGUCAUCAUGCCAGAGAACUUUGUGAACAGUAAUUACUGAUCCUGUACAUGAGUGACUGAAAUGUUAACAACUGUGCAGCAACUGAAUUUUGAUCCAAAUGCACUUCAUUGUGAAGACAAAGGCAAAUAUUGCCUGGCAGUGAUAAAAAGUUUUCAUCAAAACUUUUAUAGAAUGCAACCCACUUUGUCUAGGAUCAGCCACCAAUGCCACUUUCCAACACCAUUUAUAAGAGGCUAACUGGGUUCUAAUGCAUUGUCUUUUCAUUCCUUGUUUCAUAUAAUUAGAUAUCCAGUGUGUUGGACUGUAAUAAUGUCUUCAAGGCUUCAAAUGCUUAACUACAAGAAUUCUCAACUGUUGAUUUUUCCUAUGGCAAGUGUAAUCCAAUGUGUCUAUGUGCUUUUCCCUGACUGUUGCUGUUCCCUAGUCUACUGUGUUUGGUUUGUGUGUGCGUGUGUGCAUGUGGAGAAUGGCUUGUUACACUGAACAAGAAACCAAAUGUAAGAUUAUAUUUGGAGACCUAUAAUGUGGCCAAGUAGAUUGCUGCUAUAAACAAUUAUGCUUUAUUUAUUUAAAGGCACUGACAUCAGCAAUCCACGUGGCCACAUUACAGGUGUCCAAAUAUAAUUUCUAGCCAUUUCGGCUUUUCUCAGAAAAUAGCCAGCAAAAGGAUAAUUCAUUGAGAAUCUGGCUUGAGCCCUUCUGCAUAAAAUGGACACCCCCAUCUGCUCAGAGGGGAGUCCAGACAAUGCAGGGUGCACUCCUCAAGUCUGAUGCAAAUGGUCCUGGCAAUAUCCAGCUUAUUCAGCACCAAACCCAGGAUAUACCCCUCUUAAAACAGUAAAAAACAACAACCAUACUACUUGUUCUGUGGCUUCCCAGAAGAUACAGCCCUCCAUUGUGGCAUUGGGUGGCUGUUUGUAUGAAUGUACUGCUGUGCCACAUGGCAUGGUGGCCAUUGCAGCAUACCACUCGCAUUGAGGUCACAACAAGAUCCCCAGCCAUGCAAUCGAUGUUGAGCACCUUGUUCUGACCUCAGAGUGAAGGGACCUGCACAGUGGGACACAUAUGCAAACAACCACCUGGUGCCACUAAGAAUCUACCUCAAGAGUGAAAAGGGGGAUUCAUUCCAAUGAUCUGUGGUAGCUAGUGACUUCCAUGUCAGUGGGAAAGUGGAUGUACUCUGGGUUUUAGCACAAACCAUAAAGGAGCUGUCCAAGGUGCU